GGCUGUUAAAAUGAGCCUACAGGGUAAGACGGGGAGGCAACUGUGUUGAAAAGAAAAACGUUUUAAAAGGCAGGAUUGCUAUACUGCACAAUUACUUCAUUUGCUCACAGGUGACAUGAGCGGAGAAGGCAGUGCGUCUGCUUCACAUCAUGAGCCUCGACGCUCCGGGAGGAUGUCUGAAGGAGAUGUGAUGACACUGCCGAGCAACUCGCAGGGUGACUUGUCCCGGCAUGAGCCUCGCACUCUCACCCGGCUGCACUGUCUCAAUGGGGGAUACCAGCUGAGGAUUAUGCCAGAUGGGAGUGUCUCUGGUGGUCUCCUGGACAAAGACCCAUAUGACAUCCUGAGGCUGCGGGCUACAAAUGUGGGUGAGGUUGUGCUGAUGGGUGAGAAUACCAAGAAGUACCUAGCCAUGAACAAGAAAGGACGCCUCUAUGGAACAUUGACGCUCAAUGAUGAGUGUUACUUCUCUGAGAAAUAUGAGGAGAACCACUACAACACAUAUCGGUCACGGAAGUACCAGUGGUACGUGGCGCUCAAGAAGAACGGAAAACCCAAACCGGGCCCCAAGGCGGACCUGAGUCAGAAGGCCGUCUUCUUCCUGCCGAGGUCGGCGGAUGGGCAUUAUGCCGCCGGUGAAACCGAACCUUAGGAUCAGACAGACUUUUGUUUGUACCAUUAGCACAGCGAGCAAUCCAAGUGGACUCAUAACAGAUUUUAUUUUUUGAAUGUGAGGCACUGUACACAUGAUGAGGAAAAAUAAAUAAAGAACUAAAUAAAUACGCGAUGACCAACACAGCACAUCAUACACAUAAUGACAACUCGACAGAUAAUCCUGAGUCACGCAUUGGGGAGGAAGAAUUAUUCAACACAUGCCACACCACAUCAUAAUCACUCAGCAUUAUCUCUUUGAGAUAUCCAUUAAUAGGUCUUGUGCUGACUUUGGUCAGAAAAGAGGGUAAAAAAAGCUAACAUUAAAGCACUCUGCCUUCAAAAUAUGCUAAACUCUCAAGCUACUUUUCUUUGCUAACUACUUACGAAGUUCCUUCAACUCAAAUUUGCAUUAGGGUACGCUAUUGUAAUUGCAUUAACAUCAUGCUAUUUAUGAUAUAGCUUCUCAUAGACAAUGUCAGCAUAUUGAGUUUUUUUUACAUACAUUAUUUUUACAAUACAGUACAGUAUCGACUGAUACAAAUGUCUUAUUGAUCACCAAAUAUUUACAGGUUUGACACUUUUUUCAUAUACCUUCGCUCUUGAAUGAUAUUUGUAUGAUACUUUUCAUGAUAUUAUAUGCUACAGUUAUUUAUAAAUAUAUAUAUAUAUAUAUUAUAAAAAAAAUUAAUAAAUCAUAAAAUAUAAUCCCCCCCAACCCCAAAAUGUGACAUUUACUGACACUAUAAAAAGUAACAUUAUUGUUUGAAUGAGUUAUGUUGUUUUAAUAUUAUUUAUGGAACAUUAUUAAUUUUUAAUAAAGUUGUACUGUCCGUGGACAUCGUUUCUGAAAAUACAAUACAAUACAAUACAUGCUGAUUUAUACUCACACAUUGUUAAUGUGAUCAUCUUUCAUCUUGUAUUUUUUGCUGUUGUUUACUGAAAUAAAUACAUUACACUCUUGUGUA